AAAAGUUCCGUUGAUAGUAUUUCCGGUUCCUCCCAACCGUCUAGCUGUCGUUAUUGAGGUAACCAUUAUUAGCAAAUGGGCAGCGCCCCGGCUCAACCUAUCGCUGUUGCGGAAGAUGACCUAUCGGUAACAUCCUUAAGUUUGCAAAAAAAAAAGCAGAUCUGCUGGUGAGAAGUUGGAAUGGAUGGCUGUGGUUCGCAUGUAAAGUAACGGCAAGUGGCAAGGCCAUGUUGCCAGGAGUUGGUGUUUUUGGCACCGGGAGCACAGCCCGAGUGCUGGUCCCACUGUUGCAAGCGGAGGGCUUUGAGGUCCAUGCACUUUGGGGACGAAGCGAGGAAGAAGCCUGCGGUCUGGCAAAGGAACUUAGUAUCCCGUUUCAUACCAGCCGAUCCGACGACGUCCUCCUCCACCAAGAUGUCGAUCUGGUUUGCAUCUAUAUUCCCCCCUCAAUGACGAGACAAAUUGCAGUCAAAGCAUUGGGUAUUGGUAAGAAUGUCGUGUGUGAGAAAGCUGCAACUGCUAUUGAUUCAUUCAAGAUGGUGACUGCCGCCAGAUAUUACCCCCAGCUGCUGAGCAUGAUGGGUAACACCCUGCGCUUCCUGCCAGCCUUUGUGGCAAUGCGCCAGCUGCUGGUAGAAGGAUACGUCGGUGAUAUCCAGGUGUGUGAUGUGCGGGUCUAUGGCCCGAGCCUCCUGGACCAGUCGUACGGCUGGACCAGCGAGGAGCUCAUGGGCGGGGGCGGGCUGCACAUAGUCGGCUCUACCAUCAUCGACCUGCUAAGUUACCUCACGGGCCAUAGAGCUCACCGUGUACAUGGUUUACUGCGGACCUUUGUGGAACAGAAUAACCUAAUCCGAGGCAUCCGCCGGGUCACCAGCGAUGACUUUUGUUUCUUCCAAAUGUUAAUGGGUGGAACCGGAUCCUCAGGGGUGUGCUGCACCGUGACCUUGAACUUCAACAUGCCGGGGUCUUUUGUGCACGAGGUUAUGGUAGUUGGAUCUGCUGGAAGGUUGGUUGUCAGGGGUACCGAACUGUAUGGCCAACGCAAUGAGAGUAAAUGUGAGGAGCUGCUGCUGGCUGACAUCAGUGGGGUUGGACCAGAGGUGAAAGAGAUGCCCCUCCCUCACCUGCAGGGGCUGAGCUCCAUGGUAAAGGCUUUAAGACAGUCCUUCCAGGCUCAUGAAGAGCGACGGUUAUGGUCACAAGGACCAGUUGCCUCAGCGCCGACCUUUGAGGACGGCUUGUAUGUGCAGACAGUGGUGGAGGCGGUGAAACGGUCCAGCAUCAGCGGGGAAUGGGUCUGUGUGGAAAUCAUGAGUCAGGAGCCGGAUCCCAACCACAACUUGUGUGAGGCCCUGCAAAGAAACAAAAAUUGAACCUUAACAUUUACUCAGUGCGAAAACUACAUGCGUGACAGGACGGGACUCUGAAUGUCUCUCUGUAAUUCAGCUGCUUUGGCCGUUUACAUCACACACGACUACUUUCUUUCACGUGUUUACUUCCUCUUAGGUUUUGCAGAUUAAUAUUUUAACCAAACAAACACAGCUGCUUUGUGCGUCGGUGCCUGGAGGAAAGUGAUUUGUUUGUACAGGAUUUGUAAACCACAGCCUUAUUAUUUGGAUUCUGACCAGCAGAAGUACACAUAGCCUAAGUCUACUAAACCUUGUGACCAAGAUGUAUAAAUAAUACUGUAGAUGCUCUUUUAAUCUGGCUCAUUUAAAACUUAGAAGUAAUGAAUGUAUUUUUCCAGCUUUGUAAUUUGUUUCAUUUGGCUUAAAAAGUGCUUUUCAUGACUUUAAUUUAAAUGGCCUCUGAUGGUUAAAUCAGGUCCGAUUAGAAAUAAUGACGCUGUGUGCAGUUUACAUUUAGUUUGUUUUAUUUUGAGUCUUGUAAUUGUUGGUAAAGUUAGUAAUUUAGUAGCAAAUGCUGUUAUAUUAGCCAAUAACUUAAUAACUUUGAAUAUUUUAAUGUAAUAAAGCCAAGACAUUACAAUUUACAAACAAUAUAAGUAUUUGAGCCAAUAACAUAACAUUCAGCCAACAAUGUGAAAAGAAAUAUUCCUCCAAACCUGAAAUCAUAAAUGUGGAUAUCUAAGCAAAUGAAACUGAACUGAGUAAACAAACAAAAGGUUAAAUUAGCUCUUAUAACAAUAACUGAGAGGGCAGCCUAGCUGGUAUCCUUAACAAAUACUUCAAUGAAUCUGAUUGAUCCUAUUUAUGUAUUAUAACAUUAUCAGCUGGAGUUAUUACUAUAUUUCGGUGUAAUGACCUAUUAUAUUAUUGACAGAAUGUUAUGUUAUUGACUCAAAAACGUAAGGAAAUCAUUGGCCAGUUUAUUUGGUGGCUUUAUUACAUUUGGAAUGGUGAAAGUCAUAAUAUUAUCAGUUGCUACAGGUAACAACACACUAUGGUAAAUAUACCAGGGACUUGAUAAAAUAAGCUAUGUAGAGAAUAGAAUAGUCACAUUUGUAGCAUUGUCCCCCUUAAAAGGACCAGUUCAGUUUGAAUGUUUCUGUUGAGCAGCAGACUUUAAAUGAGCUAAAGGAGUAGCAUCAAAAAUAUUUGGUUUCGUGCAUCGCGUUUUCAUUCUUUUAAGAGGAAUUUAAUCAAUUUAAAGUGCAAACUAUUUUUUGCAACAUGAACAAAAUGUGUUUUGGUAAUAAUUGUCAUUUUCUCCAAUGGCUCAGACACUGUCACGAAAAGCAUUCCAUUUAAAAUCUUUUUAUCCAUCAAAACUGAAUGAAAGUAUGGCGCACUAACAUUUACCAGCUGGCUGUUAGGUUUACGUGUUCACUGCUGCAAGGAAUUGUUUAAAUAAACAACAGAUGGAACUUUAAACAUGAAGCUUCUGAAUAUUUGACAACUAAGUUUAAAGAUACCACAUUUUGUUUACAUUAUUAUUUUUACAAAAAACAUAAAAAUACAAGAUUGCCCUUCAAAAUUAAAAUGUAGUCCGGAGUGUGAAGGUGCAAUCCACCACAUAAGAGCUACUUUUUGUUACAGUCAAUGCUCCAGUUUAAUUGGCAUCCUCAGUGCCGGUAAACCAGGAGGCAUUAUUAGCCAGUUGCUUUAUUAGCCAACAUGGAUAUUAAUAUACUUGUUACAUCUCAUUUUCUCAGCAGUGCUGUAGUUUACGUUACCUUUCUUUAGAAAACCCUUCUGCUUCUGACUGGAUCCAUCACCGCUAAAAUGCAUUCCAGAUGAUUUCUGUCACCUUGUCAGCAAAGUUUCUUUGUCCUUACACUGAUAAAAUGCCACCUAUUUACUAUACAGUUUAAUGCUUGCACCACCCAGCUUGCUGCAAAUGUGAUUUCAACAUUUAUAAGAGAGCUACAUUUUGUAUUUAUUUAUUUUUCCUGUAGAAAGUUUUUCAGCCUGUGAAUUUCUGUUUUGAUGCUGUAAUAUUUAUAUAUCGUUUGUGUGGUUGUUUUUUUUUGGGGGGGGUCUUGUUUUAACUAAUGUGGCAUUUUGGGCACUGAUAUGCUGCUUCAAAGUUGAUAAACUGAACUGUUAAACUGUGUGACAGAUAUUUUCCUUUUAAUAAAUACAAUUGUUUUAAUUUAAAGCUCA